UGUGUACAAGUAGAGUAAAAUGGCUGUGCCUGGUGAUGUCAGGGAAAGAGGCCUGUCAGGGCAGCCCAGUAUUAAUGGAGAAGAGGAGGAUGAAGAUGAAUCACCUGAGGUGUUGUUGAGUGUGUUGGCACAACAUGGGCAGGUCGGUCUCUGUUUCUAUGACAGCAAAGACUUCACUCUGCACUACAUGCCCGACACCAUGGACAACCACGAGCUCCAACUUCUGGCCAGAGUAGUCCAGGAGGUCAGCCCUCAUGUGAUCAUCACCAGUGCCAAGCAGGAACACAGCAUGGUCCAUUUUAUGCAGGGAUUGGGAGCCAACCCAGACUACAGGCCUGAAGUGGUGACCUAUCCCUAUGUGGAUUUUGGUCUGGAGGUCAGUAAGCAGAGGCUCCUCUCUGCCCAUCUUCCCCUUCUCCCGGCUACUGUCUCAGAAAGAGAGAGAGUAUCUUACCUUUCUUCUUGCAUCUCUUUUGAGUCCCCCCUCAUGCUGCGGUCAGUAGGUGCUCUGCUGAAGUGUCUGGACAGGCGCAGAGUGGGAGUGGAGCUGGAGGACAGCAGUGUUGGAGUCCCCAUCUUACAGUUCCUCACAUACACACUGAAAGAUGUGGUGUUUAUGGACCGAGACACCUACAGUGUGCUGCAAAUAUUCAAGUCUGAGUUGCAUCCGUCUGUGUACAAGCUGCAGUCUGGGGAGAAAGAAGGGCUCAGUCUCUAUGGGAUACUGAAUCGCUGCAGGUGCAAGUUUGGAUCUAAACUGCUUCGCCAGUGGUUUCUGAGGCCUACUCGUGACCUAGCAGUGUUGAACAGGAGACAGGAGGUGGUGAGAUUCUUCUCCUGUCCAAGGAACUCUGACACCCUCAGCACUCUGCAAGGCUCCCUGCGCAACACCAGAAACAUCCCGACUCUACUGCGCAGGAUGUCUCUUUCUCACACCAAAGUCUCAGACUGGCAGGGUCUCUACAAGAUGGUGUACAGUGCGGUGUGUAUCAGGGACACAAUGCGCUCCCUGCCUCAGUCCAUCCAACUCUUCCAGGAGAUCAGUGAGGGAUUCUCAGAUGACCUCUACUACAUCGCCUCCCUCAUCAGCAGAGUGGUGGAUUUUGAGAGCAGUUUAGCAGAAAACCGUUUCACCAUUAAACCCAACGUGGACCCUGCUAUUGAUGAGAAAAAGAGGAGGAUGAUGGGACUGUCAGACUUCCUGACGGAUGUGGCUCGCAGAGAGCUGGAACACCUAGAUGUCCGCAUCCCCUCCUGCUGUGUUAUCUACAUCCCCCUGAUAGGAUUCCUGCUUUCGGUCCCUCGGUUGCCUAGCAUGGUGGAGAAAGAGGACUUUGAAAUAGAGGGUCUAGACUUCAUGGUGUGUUUUCUGUCUGGGGAACGACUGCACUACCGCAGUCAGAGAACCAAGGAGCUGGAUGACCUGCUUGGAGACCUACACUGUGACAUCAGAGACAUGGAGACAGCAGUUAUGACACAGCUGCAGACCACAGUGCUAGAAAGAAGUGCCUGUCUGUACAAGGUUCUUGAACUGAGUGCUGAACUGGACUGUCUGAUGGCAAUGAGCCAGGCGUCCCAGGAGUAUGGAUACACCACCCCCAUUCUGGCCAACCACCGCAGGAUAAGUCUCAUACAGGCCAGACACCCUCUGUUGGAGUUUUGUUCUCCUGUGUUUGUGUCCAACUCCUUUUCGAGCUCUGAGACUGAAGGACGUGUCAAGAUCAUCACUGGACCCAACUCAUCUGGCAAGAGCAUCUAUCUGAAACAGGUGGGUCUGAUUGUGUUCAUGGCUCUGAUUGGUUCUGACGUACCAGCAAAAGAGGCAGAGAUUGGUCUGGUGGAUGGAAUCUUCACACGCAUGCACAGCAGAGAGUCAGUGUCAGUAGGCCUCAGCACCUUCAUGAUCGACUUGAACCAGAUGGCUCAUGCUCUGAACCACAGCAGCGGUCACUCACUGGUCCUGGUUGAUGAGUUUGGGAAAGGAACCAACACGGUUGAUGGGCUGUCCCUACUGGCUGCGUCUGUCUGUCAUUGGUUAAAAACUGCUCCAGCGGAGGUUCCUCACGUCCUUUUGGCAACUAACUUCCACAGUCUUCUACAGUUGGGUCUCCUUCCUUCUUCAGGCCUGCUAUCGCUACAGACUCUGGAGACCGCUGUCGAUGGGGAUGAGUUGGUGUUUCUGUACCAGCUGAAGGAGGGGAUCUGUGUUUCCAGCUACGCGGCCAACAUUGCUAUGCUGGCAGGCCUUCCCCAUAGCAUCGUUCAGAGGGGAGUGGAGGUAUCUGAGCUGUACAGAACUGGAAAGACCAUUAAACGCAUCGAUCGACCAUCCACCGAAGAGCAGGCUAAGAAGUGUGUCCGUGUGGUGGAGAAGUUCCUGUGUGUGAACCUGGAGGACCAGAGUGUGGACCUGCAGCGCUACAUGAGAGAGGAGCUGCUGCCAUCUGGGGGAGACAUGCUGUAACAGGAACACUACUGUAUGACCACACAACUGUUGUCUGUGGGAGAAACUGUCCAGUAUGACCUCAGUUUCACUGGCUGGAGGAUGAGGAGAAUGUGGCCCUAGAUGCUGAUCUAAGGUCAUUAUUGCUUUUGCAUCCCAACGGUCUGAAAGGCUUAAACUAAUCCUAGAUCUGUGCUUAUGGGAACGAAAUAGUGGUGGGUGUGGUACUUACCUACACACUGAAGUCUGUUACUGAAAUAUUGACAUUGUGGCCAUAAAAUAAAAGUAAAAUUUAUAUUUUUAUUAUUUCACAAACAAAACUGAGGUCAA